GGGGCGGGGGAAGGGCGUGUCUAAAUGUUUAGGGUGUCACCGCGGUGGCUCUCAUUCGAAGGCGACCGUGGUCGUCUAUAUUUCGGUUCUAAUCUCUACAGAAAACAACGAAAUAUCUCCAGACAGAGAGUAAAUUUGACACACCUUUACGUUGAGAUCCUUUCCAAAUUCUUCUCGGUCGAGCUUGUAUUAGGGCUCUGGAAUGACGGGGUGUGCCGAGAAUUUGAAUUAGCUCGCCGCUAGUUUGAAGAGAGAGAGGAGCCAUUUUGUCCCGACUGUGUGGGAGAAAAGAAAGAGUGGAAAAGAGGAAUCACACGGGAGGAGAUCCUAUUUUUGCUUUCUGUUCUCAUGCUGUAGGGGGGGAAAAGUCGGGCUUGGGAAAUAUAAUUUAUCGGAUACGUCUGCGGACACUUUAUUUGGGUGGUAUUUAGCCAACUAGCUUGCCAAGCUAACCAACAAAUCUCAGAUUGUUAACAGUGAAGAGCAGCGGAGCAGCUGGUCAGGUUGGCUAAGGAACUGGCUUUAGACUUCCCACAGGCGUGCUAGGUUAUCAUUUUUGUAUCUAUCUGCGUGAACACAAGCUGUUUUUCAAUGGCGAAGAAGACGUACGACCUGCUGUUCAAGCUGCUUCUGAUCGGGGACUCGGGCGUGGGGAAGACCUGUGUGUUGUUCCGCUUCUCUGACGACGCCUUCAACACAACCUUCAUCUCCACCAUAGGAAUAGACUUCAAGAUUAAAACAGUUGAAUUACAAGGAAAGAAGAUCAAACUACAGAUCUGGGACACAGCAGGCCAGGAACGGUUCCACACCAUCACCACCUCCUACUACAGAGGAGCCAUGGGCAUCAUGCUGGUCUACGACAUCACCAAUGCCAAGAGCUUCGAAAACAUCAGCAAAUGGCUUCGCAACAUUGAUGAGCAUGCAAAUGAGGAUGUUGAGAGGAUGUUGCUAGGCAACAAGUGUGACAUGGAAGACAAGAGGGUCGUACCAAAAGCCAAGGGGGAGCAGAUUGCGAGGGAACACGGCAUUAGGUUUUUUGAGACGAGCGCUAAGGCUAACAUCAACAUCGAGAAGGCUUUCCUCACGUUAGCAGAAGACAUCCUCAGAAAGACGCCUGUAAAAGAGCCCAACAGUGAAAAUGUUGACAUCAGCAGUGGAGGUGGAGUCACAGGCUGGAAGAGCAAGUGCUGCAGUUGAACAACAACAACAACAACAACAACUCUUUCACUUACACUAAAGCACACAGACACACGCACACACACACACAUACUCUCAUUCUAACUGCUAACUCCUAACUUUCUCACCUUCUAACCUGUCUCAUAAGUUUUCUUACACACUGACACUGUCUCUUUAUCAGAGUAAAAAAAUAAACCACUUCACUUGUCUAAUCCCUUCUCCUCCAUAUUCUUCCACUCUCCAUCUGAUGAUCAUUUUUAUUUCUGAUAAAAAGAGAAAUCCAGUCACGUUUCUUGUCUUUUGUUUUAAAGGCUGUACAAAAAGUGUGAAACAACAAGCUCAUAUUUUUAAUAUUUCCUUUGCCUGAGCUCACCUGGUUGGACACCCUCACUGCCCCCUCGCCACCCUUAACCCCUUCCCCACCCACAGCAUUCACUUUCAUUCAGAGGAAAUCAAGAUAAAAAUCAAA